AUUGUUACUGACUUUUCAUUUGCAUUUUUGGUUAUCGUAUAUCGUUUCAAAUGAUGCAAUUUAUUAAUACAUUUUAUACGAAAUAAUGUUUACUUACGAAACGAUUGUAAACUUGCUCUUAUGUAUAAUUACUUGAUGCAUGUAUUCUAUGACAUAACAUUUAUGUAUGCAUAUUGAUAAAUGGCGGAUCGUGCGAAUGUCGAGAAUGAAGCAUGUGGAGUUUUUAACCUUACUUAACGUUUGUCAGAUUUUUUUGUCGGCGCACGAAGAAUUUUAGUUUUAGGAAAAGAUACGAUACCAGAGGACGACGAUUCACGAUGGAGGUCCAUACUGCAGCCUUGAUUUCGAUAGGAGAUGAAAUUUUACGUGGACAAAUUGUAGAUACAAACGCAUCUUACCUGGCGAAACGUUUACGGGCAUCUGGUAUUACGCUUCGAAAAAUAACAGUAAUUCCCGAUAUUGUAGAUGAAAUUGCGAAGACCGUACACGAUGCUUCCAAAGAGUACUCGGUGGUAUUUACAUCAGGCGGUGUUGGACCCACGCACGACGACGUAACAUACGAAGCCGUGGCUAAAGGUUUAGGACUAAAACUCGAAACACGCGAAGAAUUGGUUAAUCUUUUUGCAACUCUCUUCCCUAACGAAAAAGAAGCUCAACGUCUUGCCAUAGUACCGAGCCCCUGCGAGCUUAUUUAUGUUCCUUCUCAAAUUUUAGGAAAGUACGCAGUUAUAAAAGCGAGCAACGUGUUUGUAUUACCAGGCUCUCCAAAAUAUUUCGAGCCUGCCGUCGACGUAAUAAUAACGCGAUUAAAAGGGUCUGCUCCUUUACACCUCGACUAUAUAGAUAUCAAUUUAAGCGAAUUAUCUAUCGUGAACAUUUUGGACGAACACGCUAGCCGUUGGAGCGACAAAGUUAGCAUUGGAAGUUAUCCUCAAGCAUCGUGCGAUUGUUUGACGAGACUUACGUUCGAGGGAAAGAAAGAAGACGUUUUAGAAUCGAAAGGAGAACUUUUGUAUCGCUUGCCGAUUCAAAGGGUACGAAAUCUAGAAAAUGGUUUCACCGCGUACCACGCAAAGGCUGUUUUCGAAGAAGCCGACAACGAAGAGCACGUUAAAUCCGCUCUGGAUAUUUUACAAGAAUGUUAUAGAACGUACAAACCAGAAGAUAUUUUUAUAAGUUUCAACGGUGGGAAGGACUGUACGCUGGUUUUACAUUUGGCUGCCAGUAUUGUGAAAUUACAAAAUAUUACGUCGUUACUGUGCCUGUAUGUAACAGCAGAUUCGUUUCCAGAGGUGGAUUCUUUUGUGGAGAGAGCUGCAGGGUACUAUGGUUUCGAGUUAGUGAGGAAAGAAGGUCCUCUGCAAUUGGCAUUGAAAUCGUUUUUAAACGAAAGGAAGAACUUGAAAGUAAGCCUCAUGGGAGUGAGAAAGGGUGAUCCUGGUUCGGAAAAUCUGAAAGCCUUUACGCCAACCGAUCCAAGCUGGCCGAAUCUAAUUCGCGUGAAUCCUAUUUUGAACUGGACGUAUGAUCAAGUGUGGAAGUUUCUGUUAAAGCAUAACGUACCGUAUUGUCCCUUGUACGACCAAGGGUAUACGAGUUUAGGAACGAGAUCAACUACGGUACCAAAUCCGCGGUUAAAGGAUCCUAAGAAUCCGUCGUCCUACUUGCCAGCUCAUACUUUAACAGACGUGUCUGCCGAGCGACAGGGCAGAGUAUAAACGAAACGGUGGAAAUUUACGCAGUAUUUGGAGCUCGAAAACGCUUAUUAAGAAAAGACAAAUGGUAUUUUAUAUUUCAGAUGGAUAAUGUAAAAUAUUUUGCGAUGCGUUAAAGACCAGCACUACAACGUGUGUCGUAACAUGUGGGACUCGCUUCGGCAAUGGAUUGUAUAUAUAAUAGUAGAUAAAGUUCGUACGAAUACAUCCUCCUUGUUCUUGAGGUACAAUGACCAUCGAAGCGAGUUCCACGUGUUGGGGCAUGCUGUAUAAAUAUUUCUAAGAGUAAACAAUGCACACCAAAUUAAAUAAGUAUUAAACGUUCAGGAUUGUAGUUAUUUCACUUCGUCGUAGGGAAAAAUGUAAUUACACGAAAUAUGAAAAUAAUAAAGAUACGUCUAGU